AAUAAAAUGUCAACACACACCUCUUUUGACAACUGAAUUUAUAUAUUUUUUUUGACAUAAAUAAUCAACUAAAACAUAAAUUAAUUGUUGAAUUAUAAUUGAAAAUAUGUCAAGACCAGGAACGAGACUUGAUUCAAAAAAAGUUAAUUCUGAAUUAUUUACAUUGACUUAUGGUGCUCUGGUUUCUCAGCUGUUGAAAGAUUAUGAAAAUGUUGAUGAUGUUAAUAAACAAUUGGAAAGAAUGGGUUAUAAUAUGGGAAUACGUUUAAUUGAAGAUUUUUUAGCAAGAACUGGAUCUGGUCGUUGUUAUGAUUUUCGUGAUACAGCUGAAAAAAUACAAACUGGUUUUAAAAUAUUUCUUGGUAUAACACCAACAAUAACAAAUUGGAGUGCUGCUGGUGAUGAAUUUUCAUUAUGUUUUGAAUCAAAUCCAUUAACUGAAUUUGUUGAAUUACCAGAUAAUUGUUUAAAUCUUAAAUAUUGUAAUAUAUUAACUGGUGUAUUAAGAGGUGCAUGUGAAAUGGUACAAAUGGAAGUACAAUCAUGGUUUGUACAAGAUCAAUUGAAAAAUGACAGUAUAACUGAAUUGAGAAUUAAAUUUAUCAAAAGAUUAGAAGAUGCAAUACCAGCUGGUGAAGAUUAAUUGUUAUCAAAUCAUUCAUAUUAUCUUGUAUUGUAUAAAUGUAAUAAUAAUCUUGUAAUAAUUCCAAUAAUAAUUAAAAAUUAAUAAUAUAAACACCAA